UGUAAACCGGGAUAUCUCUGAGGAUGGACGUUUUCCGCUAAUGACGUAGUCAACAUCCUGUGUAGUUUGGAAAAGGGGAGUUUUUUUGCUAGCAAUAUCUCUGGUUAUAGUUAAUACCACCAUCGCUUAACUAAACAAGCUAGUGAAACUAUAUUCAAAAUACAUUUGUAUUUAUUUUAAACUUGUUAAAAUUGUACUGAAAUUAAUUAGUUAACGUUAAGCUAGCCUACUCAUACUAUAGCCGGUAAUUUCUGGUGGAUCAAGUUUGUGUCGAGGAGAGAACAAGGCUGCCUGCGUUAGAAGACAAAAGAGAUUGUUCACACCACCAUGAAGCUUUUCAGUCUGAGUGUGCUGUAUAAAGGGACCACCAAGUCUAACCUACUGAAAGCUGCCUUCGACCUGUCAUCCUUCAGCUUCUUCCAGAAGUCCAGUGUUCAGGAGUUCAUGACAUUCACCAGUGACCUCAUAGUUCAACGCUCGUCUAUAGGGAGCCGAGCCUCUGUCAAAGAACAAGAGUACCUGUGUCACGUGUAUGUAAGGAACGACUCCCUGGGUGCGGUGGUGAUUGCUGACGGAGAGUAUCCCUCUAGAGUGUGCUUCACCCUACUGGAUAAGGUGCUGGAGGAAUUUUCCAGACAGGUGAGCAGUAUAGACUGGCCCUCUGGUUCUCCUGACACUGUCCACUAUACUGCCCUGGACAGCUACCUCGCCAAGUACCAGAAUCCUCGGGAGGCGGACGCAAUGAGUAAAGUACAAGCUGAGCUGGACGAAACCAAAAUAAUUCUGCACAACACUAUGGAAAGUCUGUUGGAGAGAGGAGAGAAGCUAGAUGAUCUAGUCCAGAAGUCCGAACACCUGGGGAACCAGUCUAAAGCCUUCUACAAGACGGCGCGGAAGCAGAACUCUUGCUGUGAGGUCAUGUGAUGUUGCUGAACCCCUCUUGAUCUCCUCACCCCCCCGGAUGUGCCAUGACUAUCAGCCUUCAUAUUAUACUUCUUACUCUGCGUGUGUGUGAGCGUACUGGCGAAAUGGUUGUGUGGUGAAGUGUAUCAGGUGAUAGUUGUUGGAGCCUUUUUGCAGUUGAUUAGGCCUAAGUGCUGUUUUCUGAAUAUGUUCAGUGAAUUCUAUACAUUCCUAGUUGUGAAAAAGUACAUGAAUUGUUUGUGUGUGUGAGAAGUGAACAUUGUGCAUCAAAGGUGUGUGAUUGUGUGUUCUCUGUAUUGUGUGUGUGGGUGUGUGUGUGUGUACAGUAAAGCAGGGGUUAUUAAACCUUUUCAGCCUGUGAACCAAAUGAGAAAGUUGAUGUUUUCUUGGGACCCAAGCUCAUGAAAACAUGCCCCCUUUUUGGGGGUCCUAAGAAAACAUCAUGAAAACAUGCCCCCUUUUUAGGGGUCCUAAGAAAACAUUUUAGUGGCCCCCCUGUUGAUGGCGGAGAAAGAAAUGGUUUCUGCAAUUCUACACAUUGUGCCAUGGGGCAGAGCAUUUUUAUCUGCAGUUUUACAGCUAGUUUCCUGCAAUUCUACCCAUUUUGACAUGGCUUACAUCAUGUUAAUAUGGUAUCUGAGUGAGAGUAGUUACCAAAAUCAAUGUGCUCCUGUACAGUGUUGAAAAAAGUACCCAAUUGUCAUAAUUGAUUAAAAAUAAAGAUGCGUUAAUAGAAAAGUGAAAGUCACCCAGUAAAAUAGAGUAAAAGUAUUUGGUUUUAAAUAUACUUAAGUAUCAAACGUGAUUGUAAUUGCUAAAAUAUACUUAGUAUCAAAAGUUAAAGUAUAAAUCAUUUCAAAUUCCUUAUAUUAGGCAAACCAGAUGGUACGAUUUUGGUUUUUAAUUUAUGGAUAGCCAGGGGCACACAAUUUACAAACAAAGCAUUUGUGUUUAGUAAGUCAUACCAGAUCAGGGGCUGUAGAGAUGACCAGGGAUGUUCUCUUGAUAAGUGUGUGAAUUGGACCAUUUUCCUGUCCUGCUAAGUAUUUGAAAUGUAAGUACUUUUGGGUGUCAGGGAAAAUCUAUGGAGUAAAAAGUACAUUCUUGUAUAUAUAUUUUUAAAGUACAGACACAAAAAAACCUACUUAAGUAGUGCUUUAAAGUAUUUUUACUUAAGUACUUUACACCACUGCCCUUGGCCACGUGGCCUGUUGGUAUUUUGCCAUGAUUACUACAAGUUUAGAUAGCUGGCUAGACUGAAUUACCAAUCUAAAAACUGUUAGCUGACAUGGCUAAUUGAGUGACUGACAUAACGAGAAAACUGGUGAUGCACAACCACAUUUCUAAAUAGCACCUUGUGUAUUCUACUAUUCUAACUAAGUUUCAACAGUAAGUUGAGACCCCGACUGAGUUCCUAAAAAAAAAGAAUUUGAAAUGCAUUUAUUAACAUCUACAUUUGCCACAUUUAUUCUAUACAGACACCUUAAUGCAAACUUUUAAAUGAUAUUAUGUGAGCUAAGCCUACAAAUAAAAUAUAUAAAAACGUCUACAU